AUGUCCGAUCGUCUAGAUUUUAUUUCGAAGGAAUACGACAAAAAUGUUUUGUCAGAAGAGUCAAGAAGUGUUGGGCUUUUCACAAUCCCGGAAUAUCCCGAACUGGAGGCGCGCGGCAUGUGGUCGACAGUCUUGGAUACCCUUCUGACCACACUACGAUACUUAGCGCCGGCCACACUUCUUACUCUGUUCUGGACUCAUCACACUUUCUUCUUUGACAUCUUAAAAUAUAUCGACUCAGCUUUCCGAACGGUUAUCUUCUCAAGCGAAGACAAAAAGCAAGAGGUGAUCCAAUGGCUGUCCGAGGUCGGGCCGGUACGAGUGGAGGAACUAGAAACGGUGUGGCGUCACGGGUGGAUAGUGUGUGGGGUGUUGGACGCAGUGCUCCCUGGCGCUUGCGCUGGUCAUCCGCCCACAAGACUAUCUUUAAAACAUGCACAGUCGAUAGCUGAUCAUUACCUGGGCGUUGAACCGAUGUUCACUCGACAAGAACUAGAAGCUAAUGACGCAUUGAGUAAACACGAAGAGUGGAAACUAAUCAAAUACUUAGACAAGGUUCGAGUUGCUAUAACGAAAUUAUCACCUCCGCCAGCAGUGAAAGCAAAACCCGAACCUACACCAGUUUCAAAUUCAUCGCAAUUUACCCUCGAUUAUAUUGCAAGAGGUUCAGGGCUUACAGCGGCUCAAGUAAACAACAAAAUGUUUAUAAAAAUAUACCCGACCGCUCAACAGUCGCUGGACCCAGGUGAACUAACAAUUCUAAUACGUGGGCCAAAAAACAUUUAUGGCCAAUGUACACUAUCGCCUAUAUUGGGUAAAGCUCAAAUGAUUCGAGAAACCUUACUUGGUCUACAGGCGAAGCCGAAUAAUUACACGGCUAGUGCUCUUCCAGUAACACAAGGUACAACAUAUUUGCGAAAUUAUGGUAAAAACGACAUGAACAAAACUUAUUAUAUACCGAAAACGAAGUACGAUAUAGAUAUCGAUGUCGAGAGAAAGACGGAUCAUGCGAAAAUUGGGUACAUUGUGCCCGUAGAAGGAAAGUACGAAAUAACUAUUACAAGUCGAGGAGAAAAUAUAGCGGGUUCACCGUUUGUGGUCACCGCGUCGAAAAAUAUUGUUGGAAUUUUAGAAAAAGAGAGCUUUAGUUUGGAAGACGGAGAAGAGAUAGAUAUUGUCGACAAAAAAAUUACGGAUGAUGAAGUGAGGAAGUUAAUGGAAUUAGAUGGUAUCGAAAGUAAUACAAAUGACACUGUAGAGUAUGAGCCAAUUACGGAGGAUAAAAUUGUGCCUAUUUUGAAUUCUAACAAAUUUCAUUCUGUUGCAACAAGAGUAUUAAAGAUGAAUCGAGUAUGUAAAGCUCUACACGCUGUUGAAAAAAGCAAUAAACAGGAAAAAUGUCCCAUGUCUAAUGCAGAAAAACACCAAAAUGGUAUUCCCGAUAUUGUCAAUUCCACCUUUGAGAAAAAUAAUACAUCACAAAGUUUUUAUGAAAGAGAAAAAAUUAUAAUUCCGGAGAGUAUAUCAGUUUCCUUGUUAAUGGAUAAGUGUUAUAUGACUAACUCAAACCAAAAAGUAACUACAGAGCAAAAAGAACAAACCGACAUGACAGAUGGAGAAAGACAAAUAUACAACAUACAUAACUUGGAUACUUCGAAAAUAUUGCAAGAUCCAUUUGAAGAUGAUAACCUAUCAAUAGAUACUUCUCAAUCUAAUAAUAAUCCAUUUUUCAAUGAUGUGUUUGACUUAGAUUUCGCAGAAAAAGAACUCAGGUCAUUUAUACCAAGUGAGUAUGAGACACACAAUUCCCAAAAUGAAGAGUGUCACACUUUGACAAACCCAUUUAUAAAUUUUGAUGAUGACGAACCCAAAUCGGAGUUUCAGCUUGAUAAAUCUCUAGAAAAUGAAGUCAUGAUCGAUGCAUUGCUAAAAUUGGAUGAAUAUAGUGAAGCAAGAACUGUGGUGAAUGAAAUUGAAAAUAUAAAUCCGUUUUUUACAAUCGAAUCCUCUGCAACACUUUCGGAAAAUUCGCCAGUAACAGAUUUUAUCAUAGGGGCGCCAGUGUCGCUGCCUUCACUACUAGGGCAUUCUAUAUCAGAGACGAACCUCGAAGCAUCUAUACAUAAAAGUGAAGAGGUUUUUCAUGACAAAUAUAAUUUCCGAAAAGAAAACGAUAGUGUAUCGUUUUUAUCAUCGCAAGAAAGCUUAGAGCAGAGAGAAGAUCCUCCGGCUAUUUCCCCUUUUCAUAGUUUGGGUUCUGACACCUACAAUUUUCUAGGUCAAAGUAAUUUACAACGUAGUAGAAAUAUUUCACCAAAAGAUUUAUGGGAUUCCGCCUACGUUAGUAUUGACGACAGCGCGAGUUCUUCCGAUAAUAACUACAACCACAGCGAUCGCUGCGUGUCAGAAGCCUUUAUAAAAAGUAGUUUCUCUACAAAUAACGAUUUAAGCGACGAUGUACAUAAUAUACAUGACUCAAAUUCAAACGAAUCGGUAGGCGACAACUUUGUGCAUGAAGAUUUGAGAGGUCUUAAAUGGGAAUUUAAGCGCCAAGCUUUCACACCAAUUAUCGAGGAAAAUGAGAAAAGCAUACCUUAUGCCACAGGCGAAAGUACCUCACAAAAUGAAACUGAUACAGUGUCACAAGUCUUUGCCGAUCUUAACGAAAUUUAUGACGAUAUUUUCCCUAAGCCUGACGAGUCUAUAGCAUCAGUCACUGAUGAAAGUACUCUACAAAACGUUGAAGAAGAGUAUGUUAUAGAGAAUAAUGAGAUCCGCGUCGAUUCUGCGUCUGAAACAUUAUCAGACGUGAAGAGAAUUGCGGGGGAAGUAGAAGGAACGAUUUCUGAGAUUCAGGCAAGUGAUACUGAAUCAGUUUCAGCAAGUCAAAACCUUGAAGCGGAAUAUAUCUUGGAAAAAAAUAUAACAAAAACGCAGUUCGGAGAUUCAGUGUACUCAAAUAUUGUAUUAGAAAAGAAAAAAUAUUGGGACGAAAAAAUUCGACAAAUCGAAGCAAAAAGUAUCGAAGAAUCAAAAUUACAACAAAAACGUAAACGAAUUUCCGCAAAACACAGACACAACGAUUCUUUAAGCAAGCGAAAAGGUAAACAAAUCGUUAAAAACUUCUUAAACUCAAGCUCAUCAUCCAAACAACCUCAAAAAAAUGUAGCAGAAGAAAUUGUGACCGAAACACGAGAAUCAGAGAAUGUUCCCGGCAACGUCAAACUAGUAGAAAAAUGGAAGACAUUUUGGGAUAGUCGACUAGAAGAAGAAUUAAACGAUAAAGAUAAAAUAGUAAAUAGUUGUCCACAAUUACUAAAUGUAAUGAAUUCUAAUCAAAAUAUAUUAGACAGUGAUGAAGCAAUUAUAACGACAGAUAAACUGGAAAACACGCCUCCUAUCAAACAUGAGCUUCCAGAGGAAGUUUUUAAAGCUUUUGAAACAUGUCCGAAACGAUUUUUUGGUACUUCACGAAAACAUAUUUUAAGUAAAAUUGACAGUUUUCUUGGAAAACCAAAAGUGGUAAAUACAUAUAAACCGGAAAGCGACAAUAUGAGCCAUGAAAGUGGCUUAGUUUCUAGUCGAAUUACAUUAUUCCACACAAUUUCAAAUAAUGAAGAACUUCCUUGGAGAAGGAGAAAACAAAUACCAAAACUAUUUAACACGAGUGCUUUUGUAAAUAUCAACAAUGGAAAAGAAACCAGUCAUGAUGUCGACACCUAUAACUUUAGCCAAGAUAUAUCUGACGUAAGUCAAAGCGAUAAGACAAGUAAUGAUGAUGUAUGUAAUAAUUAUGAAAAUGUGCCACAGAAAAUUAAAUUUUCUUUAGACAACGAUGAUUUCAAUAUCAAAGAGAAGAAACUUGUAUCGAAUAUUGAAAAUAAUCUCAACGAUACAGACUCAACCUAUAAUGACGUAAAUAAUACUACGUUACUAACAAAACCGCCGCACGAAAACGAUUACAUUGAUCAAAAUCAUGACAUACAUAACGAGUCAAAUAAAAGUAUGAAGUGCCGCAAGUUAAAGUCUUUUAGCAAGUCAGAAAUGGACAUUUUCAGCAAAAUUGCAUGUAAUGACAUAAUAGAUGAUUUUGAUAAGCAUAAAUCUGUUGAAGACUUACCUAAGAUUAAUGUGAAAAGUUUUAUAACAUUAUACGAAGACGUAACAAAAUUAACGCAAUCGACAUUGACUAAAACGGAUUGUAAAUUAUUCGCUAGUCGCAAAAAAUUGUACAACUCGAGUUCAAGUCCAGGAACUCCAAGUAAAUCUUGUCAAAAUCCGCCAGCUUCGAAACAUUUUCUAGCUACCUGUUAUCCAAAAUUAAAUCAGAAAAAUGAAACGACAUCUACAAAGGAUAUUAUAUCUUGUGAUAGCGAUAUUGAAACUCGGUGCGCUUCUGAAUUGAGUGAAAGAGAAUCAAGUCCAGAGAGGGAUAGAAAAUAUUUGAGCUUAUCAGAUAUUGAAUUAGAAAUUAUUGAAAAGAAUUCAGAUAAUGAGACACUAGAGAAGAAGGCUGAUGAAACUGCUAAUAUUGACUACAAAAGUCGAUUCAAAAUGGCAAAGCAGUAUUUUCAGUCUCUAGAGGAAUUAAGGGUAAUUAAAAAGGAUAGGAAACUGAGUGAAUGUAAAAUUAUAUUAAAUAAUGAAUCAAUCGAAUCUCUGGAAAAUUUAGAACAAGAGCAAAAAACCGUAAAGAGAACAAGGAGACCUAAAUCAAAAUCGAUGCCAUCAUCUGAAAUCGCCAAGAUAUGGAAUCAAAUGCAAGAAAAAGUAGACGAUAAAGAUAAGAAAUUAGUGAAAAUCUCUGAAAAGUUUCACGUCGAGGAUUUAUUUGAAGAUGUUAUGGAGGGAAGACUGAGUCGGCAAGGUAGUUUACGGGGUAUACCUCACAAAAAAGCUGUUUUAGAAGCAUUUAAAUCUAUGGAGAACCUUACAGAUAGUAAAUUCAAUUCGUAUGACAUGGUAUCACAAACGAGUGAAAUUUCUCAAGAAAAGCAAAACAAAAAUGCACAGAAUUACUUGAGUGAGUACCCCUACUUACCAACAACUGAUCCGUCCAACUUUCAACCGAGGUUUGAUGCUAAUGCGUCAGGUUUAAUUUCUUACAACGAGCUUUUAAACUCUAGACCGAGAAGAAACAGCGUGCCAGAUAUCAGAUUAAAUCCGACCUUUACAGAAAAUCUAUGA